CUGCUGCCCGAAGUCCCAGCCAGCCCUGCCUGAGUCAGACAGUCGGAGUUGCUGGUGGCUGGAGGAGUCCCCGAGCUGGACCACUCCCUGGGAAGAUGAGGAGGCGCUUCGGAGCGGCGGGAGUGUUCGCGUCGGAUCUGCCGUGAGAGAGCGCUUCUGCUCGGGAAGGCCGUGGACUAUCCAGGCGAACCAGCGCGUUCUUACCCUCGGAAAGCGAUGUCAGGACCCGAAACCCAUCACGGCCACAGCCGGAGGCUGCCCUCUGAUAUUGAAAAUGGGCAGCGAGGGCGAGACCCAGAGCAGAUGCAGCAACAGCAGCUCAAACUUUGGGAAAGGCAGAGAUUCUUUGAGGAAGUUUUCCAGCAUGAUGUUGACUUCUUCUUCCCGGUAUCACACCUGCAGAUAGAACACAGGAGACCUCCCCUAGGCAGCAUUUCUUCCAUGGAGGUCAAUGUGGACAUGCUGGAACAGAUGGACAUGUUGGAUCUCUCUGACCAAGACAAUGUUGAUGUAUUCCUUAGCUGUGGGACAGAGGACAACAACAAUGUAGCUACCCUAUUGCCAGAUUCUAACCACUUCCAGGAAGAGAUUUCUCUGCAAGUGCCCAAUACAGCUGAGGUCAAAUCACGAAUUUCGUCCACAUCAUCUGCCUCCACAGACCUGAAUAGCCUGGACACCAGUGAAGAAGGAGCUGAGACGCCUGUGGUGCAGUCAGAUGAGGAAGAAUUAGAGCAAGAUGGGUCUGAAGAACAGGAGAUCAAGAGCUAGCCGGGCUUUGCAUCCAUCAUGCCAUAUGGACCCUGCCAGCAUGAGAUUAUGAACAUGGCUGGAUGGCUCUGACUCCCACUGUGUAAAACCCACAGAAACUCCCUGUCCAAUUGUUGUACUUGGGGAAGAUUCAAGAUAAUCCUUCCCCCCUGCAGGAUGGUCAAUGCAUGGAUAAGGCAACAGCAGAGGGAGAAUAGGGUGAGGCAAGGGCACUACAGGAUUGAAAUCGAAUUUAACCUUCUAUCUUUUUACCCAUACAGUAAUGCUUCUGCUUCACUCACACGGAGGACUCAGUUUGCUGUGGCUCAGCUACAAAGAUUUAAAGCAAGUCCUUUGUGCAAACUGACAGGCUCCCUAAUCCUAACACACACACACACACACACGAAUGCAGCAUGCCUUUAAUUGUAACAUAAUAGAAAAUUACAUUCCUUUCAAGCAAGCAGCUGGGAUGACGUGUGUUACUGGGGAAGGAACAAUGAGGCUACCUGGGUAGGAAAGAUGAAGAAGGGAUGGCUGAAAGAUGGUGGGACUAAAAUAAUUUGAAAGGUUUUGAGAGUGAAUCAGAGAUUUUUAUUAAUGUUUUCAUUCAUCUGAUUUUGCAUUUUUAUAUUGCAAAUGAAUGGCAUGUAUCACAAAGCACAGGAAGAGCUCUGGAGGAGAGAAAUGGGUCUUAAGGAAAAGCUAAACAAUCAGGACAGUUC